CCAAAAUUGAUAGGGCUCCGGAAUUGAGAAGAGAAUUCAAUCUAAGAACUAAAGAUUGGAAUGAUCUGGCAAUGGAUCAGAAUUUGAGAACAUUAGAUUGGAAUGUUACAAAAAUGGACAGAAGUUUAUCCUUUUGGUUGCAUUAUAUUUCUUUAGAUUACUUUUGGAUUACACUAGCUGAUCGGAUUGAAUAUGCACUUUACAUUAUUCAACACUUCUACUAUCCCAUUCUGGCUAUUGUUGGCGUCCCUAUCAACUUAGCAACGCUUGCAAUUCUGUUUAAUGGAAAAUGUGGAUUAUCUAACUGUGUCACUCGUUACUUAAUGGCCAUGGCAGCAGCAGAUCUACUGGUUGCUAUCCUCGACCUGAUACUGAGACACAUUCCAAUUGUUUAUAAGGAUAGGUUUGAUUUCCUUUAUUUCUUUCCUGUGUGUAAUAUCCACGCCGUCCUGCUUUAUGCAGCUACUGACUGUACAGUAUGGUUUACUGUCGCUUUCACUUUUGAUCGUUUUGUGGCUAUUUGUUGCCAGAAGUUGAAAAGUAAAUUUUGCAGUGAGAAAGUGGCAGCUGUGGUCCUGGGAACAAUAACUGUGCUGAGCUGUUUAAAGAACAUUUUCUGGUUUUUUAUGUUCAAACGGCGAUAUAUCCUGGGGAACAUUCCCUGGUUUUGUUCUGUAACAAUCAAAGCUCUGGAAUCUCCAAUAAUGGUACCAACUGAGUUCCUCUACAACAUUCUCACUCCAGGGGUACCAUUUGUUCUGGUUCUGCUGUUCAAUGGUUUCACCGUCAGACACAUUUUAGUUGCCAGCAGAGCCCGCAGGAGAUUCCAGGCUCACAGCAAUGGGGAGAUUUCCAAAGACCCAGAGAUGGAGAGUCGAAGAAAAUCUAUCAUUUUACUUUUUGUUAUCUCUGUCAAUUUCAUUGUGUUAUGGUCAACGUUUAUGGUUUAUACUAUAUGGAUCCGUAUGUGGUGGUUGGGAUUUCGAUCUGUACUGAUGCACAGUUUUGUGCGAGAACUGGGCUUUAUGUUGCAACUCUUGAGUUGCUGCACAAACACUGCAAUUUAUGUUGUAACCCAGGCUAAGUUCAGAGAACAAUUGAAGAACAUGCUGAAACUUCCUUUUGCUCCAAUUAACCUUUCAAUAAAAUUAGUUAAUUAAUUCUUCAGAUAUUUCUUUACUUCAUUUCACAAUUCCAGCAAGUGAGUAGCCUAUCACUUUGAUAACAGAUUCUGGAUGUACACUGCACCUCGGAUUAAAUACAGGACCUGAGCAUUUCAACAAAGGGUUCGGUGCAGAUGAAGCCUGUAUUGAGAACAGAGAAGUGGUGGGAUCUUUUAGAAUCAUGGAAUCCCUACAGUGUGGAAGCAGGCCAAUCGGCCCAACAAGUCGACACUACUCCUCUGAAGAGCCUACCACCCAUACCCAGCAUGCCCCCGCAGCCCAUUCCAUCCUAACAACAUUCCAUUUCCCAAGGCUAAUCCAUCUAACUGACACACCCUUCAGGUCUACGAUCUGCAUGAUUUCUGAUGAAAGAGCACCGACCUCCAUGAACAUAAAACAGUACAACAAAGGAACAGGCCAUUUGGCCCAAGAUUUCUGUGUCGGUUAUGAUGCUAUUCCAAACUAAUCCCAUCUGUAUUCACAUGAUCUGUAUCUUUCCAUUCUCUGCCUGUUCAAAUGUCUGUCCAAAAGUGCCUCUUAAACUUUGUUAUCAUAUCUACUUCUGCUACCCUAUCCUGGCAGCGCAUUCUCUUUGUAUA